AGGGAAGGCCUGUCCGCCAUUUUGCAUUUUGAAAUCUGAACUUCAUGAUUGUCCAGAAUCAUUUAUUUAGUAUAAAUAUUUCUUGGAUCUUGGACUAUGGAUCAAUUUGACGUGAUAGCAAAUCAACCUAUUGUUAUCGACAAUGUAAGGUUAAUUUUUUUACACAUUUGUGGCGCCCUCAAAACUGUUUUCAAACUGCCAUUGGAUCGAGUUUUUUAUUUACAAAUCGGGGGUGGCUAUCUAACUUUGAGUACUAAAGUCGUGAUUCAUUUACUUAGCAUUGACUUUUGUUGUUCAUAGGGAUCAGGAGUCAUUAAAGCUGGAUUUGCAGGAGAUCAGAUUCCAAAAUACCAUUUUCCAAACUUGUAGGUAUUUCCAAAGACAAAUAUAAGACUUGUGCAAACCCAUUUCUGUGAAAACAAUAUUAAACAAAAUUUAAUACGCUUAUUAAAUGAAACAGGAAUUUUAUUAGCGUAGUUAAGGAUCAUUAUUUCAAUUUUCGAGUGAUUGUAUAAACUCUUAUAAUUGUUUUGAAGUAAUUUCAAGAAAUCAGAAGUCUUAUUUCUAAGCUAAGUUGAAUCACAGAGAAAUUUUAGCUCUGUCUUUUCUUUGGAUAUCACUCUUAUUUCACUUUUGUCAAGAUGUGCCAGCUAUAUUAGGCUAUUGGGAUGAAAUAUUUUAUUUCUGAGUUUUAUGUAGAUUGCUUUCUUUGGUUUUAGUGUUGGUCGACCUAAACAUGUGCGGGUUAUGGCUGGUGCACUAGAGGGUGAUAUAUUUAUUGGACCAAAAGCUGAGGUAUGUGGAAUGCUUCAGAUGAAAACUGUCAAAUCGUACUCAGGGCUCGAAAUUAAAAAAAAUUCUCCAUCGCAAUUUGCGAGUAAUUCCUAAAUUUAGUCACAAGUUCGAAAAUUUUAGUCGCAAAAGUAACCAACCCAAACAAAAUAUAAUACAAGUAAUUUUAUUACUCCAACAGCUUCUGUGAAUUACUAUUGAAAGGAAGGUAAAUAUUUACUUGCUGAAUAAACAAAUAAAAUCUUCUGAAUCGUUCACAGUUCAACGGUACCGGAAACACUAUUGUCUCUAAAAUGUAACAUCCACAAAUGCCUUCCGCAGCUAAAUAACAUCAUACAAUCCAAACUACUAACUUUUGUAAAAAAAAAGAUAAGAAUAUAAUUCAGUAGUUAGAGAAUCAGAACAUUUUAAAACUACAUGAUGCUUUACCAAGGGAUCACAACGCAAUCGUGCAAAGCUAAGCUUAUAAGCGUAUUUUAAUAAUACCAACAAAGUCUCACGGUGCAAAAAUGAUGGACUUAGUCUUUCUUUGAGAAUUUGGCCCUACAAAACUAAUUAUUUACAGCAUGAUGAUAUGUUGCGCAAAUUUUGUACCAGUCAAAGUCAGGAUAUCCUACAACUUCGACUUAACGCUCUCGCAGCGCCAUGUUUGUCUUCAUUUCAUACCAUUAGAAGCAUCAUGGUCACAAUACAACUGCGCAUUGAAAUAUAAUUCACCUGUAACUAAGAGGCGCAAUAAUAUUGCAAGAGAUUCAUUCCCGUGUAGAAGAAUUGAAGUGGAAUUAAACAAGCAGUCUCCGUUUGCCGUAGCUUUGAUCGCACAAAAACAUUCACCUUUGACCUGGUUGACACAGACGUCUGCUGGGAUCAAACUGACGUGAAGUCAUCGUGAGGAAGAUUUUGAAGAAUAAGGUCACUUGCAGUUCUAAUCUCUUUUCUGAAUACGUCUAGCUAUCUCGUGAAUAUUCUCUUUGCCUCUUCUAAAUUGUCAUUAAUGAGAAGAACCUUAAUAGCGGAUAAUUCCUGGUCACUUACAUGCAUUGUGAAGCAAAGUAAACAUGGUAUACCGGAACCGGAAAUUAGAAACGAAGAUUUCCUAGAAAUUUCAUGAGCGUUGCACAACGUAGUUUCUGAAAAAGUCCGCCCGCGAUAUGUUUCUCAGCAAGAGAUCAACGAUAAAAGUCACGCAACAUUUAUUGAAUUUCGCUGGAUUUUUCGGAUAAAACUACAGCAGCCAGUAACAAGUAAGACACAAGGCUGUUAAAUAUAAUUUAUUUAUGAGCUAGGCUGUAAAACGGUCGCAAAAUUGCUACCAAUGGAGAAAUUUUAGUCGCAAAAGCGAAAUCUUCAUUCGCAAAUGCGCCCGAUACAGGCGCAAUUUCGGGCCCUGGUACUGUGAAGUAUAAUGAACCCUGAUUGUUGAAACGUAGUCAGGUGUCUGAAACAAUAAAAUAUGACCUUAUCCCACUAACAAGGCCACCCCACUAAUAUCAAUAUAUUGCCAAAUUCAUGAAGCCUGUUAGUGACCAUUUUAUCCCAAGGAGGUACUUCUUAGUAACAGGCUAAAGGGGAUGUGCAGCUGGAUGGGAUAGCAUUUUCACCACUGGAGUGUCUACAGAUGUAUAAUACAGGGCUCGAAUUUAAAUCUGAUCCAGUUGUCUGGGACAAGUAUAUUUUCUUGCUGGGCAAGUAACUUUUACAGCUUACUUGCCCAAUGGGUAAGGAUCCAGGCAAGUCAUCCUCUUACAAAGUUAUUGACUAGGACAUGCAAGAAGUGGCCUCAGGCAAGAAAAAUGUGACAGGUGCUUGCUGAAAGUGUGACAUUGAAGUCAAGUUGUAACAGGGUUCACCUGUCCUUUUCUUUGACCUGAAAGCUUCAAACUGUUUCAAAUUUUUGUUUCUGUCCAUCUUAAAUUCAUUAUUAUAGCCUUAUAAGAAAUCAGAUGGCUUUUAUAAAGUUAUAAUUUUUCUGUACAUGUAGCUUAAAUUGUUAGGAUUUUAUCUUGUCAAUUCCCCAGCUCUAAAAUUGUUGUUCGACAGGCCUGUAUUAACAUUGGUUUCCCUUGUAUAGGAACACAGGGGCCUUCUUAAUAUCAGAUAUCCUAUGGAAGUAAGUGAAAAAUGUCCAUCUUAAUAAAAUGUGUAUCUUGUACAAUGUUGUUUGAAAGGAAACUUUGGCUUGAAUUGACCUCAAAUCACAGGUGUUGCUUGAUUUUUUAUUUACUUUGUCUUGUACUUGCAUUACAGGCAUCAUAAAUCAGAAGCCAAAAACUGAUGAUCAAAUUAGGCUGAAACCACCUGAAUUUCAUCCUAAACUAUUAUCCAUGCUUCAAAAUACAUGUACUGAAUCCCUAAUUCGAUACAAGCUACAAUAUUACUUAAGAGACAACACAUCUCUAUGGUUGCGGGGUUGAUCUAGUGGAUAUUCAGUUGGUGCCCAUGCACCACCUUCUUACUGUUCUUUUCACUAAUUUACACAUGAACUCUGAAGUUCAAAAGCCAGCUCAAGUUUUUGUUCCUCACUGCCAUCAAUCAUCUAAGUUGACCUCUCAAGAAACAGAACUUUGCUUCUAUGAGUUCAAAACAGCAGGGUUUGUGAUUUGUGAUUGGUGAAUUUCAAUCCAUUUUAUGUGUUUCUGUGUUUCAGGGUUUGUUGCAUGUGAUCGUAAUAAAAAACAAUUACCAUUGCAGCAGCGAAAAAUGCAUUUUUAUAUUGUAAGCUGCCUAUAAAAAUUCCAGAGUUUGUCUGUUAUUGGAAAGUGUAGUAACUACAAUGCUGCUUUUGUCUCUGAGGUGAAUAACCCCACUCAAGCUCUUCUCAAUACCCACACAUUGAGAGUCAACCAGCUUCUAUAAAAUGUUACUGAACUGAACGUGGGAAUACAUUGUUCUUACUGUAUGCUCUGUAUUAGUACAUUGAGGAUUAAUAAUAUUCUUUGAGCUUUCAAAAGAUAUUAUUAUAGCCAAUUACUGUACAUGUACAUGUAAGUACCGUUCACUUUGUUUGCCGUAAAUGUCUUCAUCCUUUUUGUUUUAGCAUGGUGUUGUGCGAGAUUGGAAUGAUAUGGAAAGAAUAUGGCAGGUAAGUCCUGCAAAUUGCCCAGUCCCUAUAAUUUCUGUGAAGUAGUCACUCAGUUUUAAUUUUUAUUAAUUUUAUUUCUCUUUUAUUUCAAGUAUAUUUAUUCCAAGGACCAGCUCCAGACCUUUUCUGAAGAGGUAAACAUUGUGUGUUUGUGAAUUUUUCCAUACAUGCUUUGUCAAUCUUAGAUUAACAAACAAGUUGUCCAGAAUAGGUUCUUUUCAGUGCUUUGUUAGCAUAAGGGGUAUUUUACUGUAAAUCUAUUAUAAAUUAAACAAUGAAAUAAAUACUAUAUACAAUUUAUAACAUCAACAACAACAAGUUAAGUGAAAUGUGUUGUGGGUUAUAAUGUAUGCUGUACACAAUUUUGAGUACUGCUCUUAGUAAGACAUUUUUAUUUUUCGGUGCCAUAGGAAUCUGCAUGUUGAUAAUUUUUUGAUACAACUAGACUUUGUUAAGUCUUUUUUAACGUUUCUUUUUUGCCCCUAGCAUCCUGUUUUAUUGACAGAAGCACCUUUAAAUCCACGAAGAAACAGAGAGAAAGCUGCAGAGGUAAAAUUCCUUUUUCAAGGUGGUAAUUGGUUGUCAGUAGUAGUGGUAGCUACAGAAACAGUCAUUUUCACUGAAACAAGUUUUACUGCAUGAUACAGUAAUGAGCACUAUAUGUGUGCCUGGUACAUGUACUUAUCCCAGCUUGGUUUAUGUCGUAGAUAUUUUUUGAGACAUUUAAUGUACCAGCCCUCUUCAUCUCCAUGCAAGCAGUGCUUAGUCUGUAAGUAUUGAAUGCUGCUAAUUUUGUAUUUAAAGGGGAGCAUCAGAAUUUUUUGCUUCUUAUACCUUUUUUCUUCCAAUUCGUGUAUUAAUCACCCAUCCCCUCACGAGUCUUAUCACGAGUUCACAAACAACAAUUUUGCUUUUCAUAAGUAACAGAGCAAAUAUUUAGGUUUCCACAGGAAGCCAGCUGAAGGUGAGUCUGAGUGCACUGAAGUGUGCAGUUACAUCAAAAGACUCAAAAGUGAACUUAAAUCAAGCCACCAGACACUAGUUAAGGUCGUUUGGCCUUGAAUUAAUGAUUUAUUUUCUUCAAUUGAUCUUCAAUGUGCGUGUUCACAUCUAGGAUUUUGGCAGUUCACGUUUAACAGAGUGCGCUUCAAUCACGAUUCACAGAACACUUUUUCAGUACAUCACGAUUCACGGACAAAAUGGUCGAUCAUGGUGUCACGAAAACAAGCUUGCCCCCUUGCCCCCUCCCCCCACUCCGACCAUGGCUCUCACAGGUUCAGAGCAUUAGGCUCCCUAGUAUUCUUCUUGGAGCAUAGCCUUGAAAACUAAUCAUAUAUGUAUACCUUGCAGUGAGAUGCUUUGGGGAAGGACCUGGGGGCUUAAAGAUUAAAAAAGAAAGUGUCUGGAGAGUGCCUUCCUCCUCAAGGUCUGGACUCACCACUGACAUAAAAUCCGUGUUGUGAUAUUUUGUCAUUAAGUUAUUGUGAUAUUGUUGUUUGUGUUCAGAUAUGCAACUGGUCGCACAACAGGAGUGGUUUUAGAUGCCGGUGAUGGAGUGUCACACUCAGUGCCAAUCUAUGAAGGCUUUGCUAUGCCACAUUCUAUUAUGAGAACAGAUAUUGCUGGCAGGUAAGUGACUGUGUUGGUUGUUUGUUUAAAGUAAAGCUUUUGUUUUCUUUUACCAAGGUGCUAAAAAAAAUCCAGAUUCAGUCUUGAUAUGUUUCAUAUUCAACCAGUCUAAAUAUAACUUCAUCAGGGUAUACAGUGUACAUGUACCAGUAGUUAUUGAUUACUUUUGGUUUUCAUUUUAUUGGAAUGGGGCAAUUUUUGGUCAGUUAUUGUCUGGAGUGACUGACUGUUACUUGCAGCCAUGUGUUGUUUGCGCUAGAAAACCAGUAUUUUCUGCACAGUGGUGAACACCUUUAUGAUUUUAGCUCUUUUAUCAACAGAGAUGUAACAGCCUUUUUAAGACUACUAUUAAGAAAAGAAGGAUUCAACUUCCAUUCUUCUUCAGAAAUGGAAAUAGUAAGGACCAUCAAAGAGGUAAAUUAUUAAUUGUUCCGCUGUCACAGCUUUGACAAUAAACUACAAACAAUAAUUUUUUUUAACGUAAUGGCACUGUAUGAAAUUACCACAAUUCCUGUACAAUGUACAUCAUUGCUGUAAUUUAUACAACUUUGAUUAAGGUUUUGUUGUCCUUUUAUUCUUUUCUCAAACAUACCUGAUGCUCUCAUUUUUUUAUUUCAGCGUGUAUGUUACCUAGCACUGAAUCCACACAAGGAGGUGAGAAAACUUUUACCAGCUUUCAUAAUGCAGUGUGAACAUGUAAUAAUCCAAAUAAGCAUGAACUGUUGUUAAUAACUGAUAUGAUCAAUCUUUACCAGGAGUCACUAGAAAGUGAAAGAAUGCAGUAUGUUUUACCAGAUGGAAGUAUGUUGGAGGUGAGUUAACAAAUAAGUUCUGAUAUAAAAUUUUAUAUUUUUCUGAAAGUUUUUAAAUGCUGUACAUGUAGGUACAUAGAGAACGAACGCUUUUGGCAUGUUGAUGAGCACUACAUCUGUCAGUCUAGACCUUUUUUAUCAAACCAUUCUUGAAACACUUAGAAUUAAUUCUUUAGAAAUUUGGUUUAUUUUGUUUAAUAUUCACAGGUUGGCCCAGCUCGUUUCAGAGCACCUGAACUUCUAUUCAAACCUGACCUUAUUGGUGAGGAGUGUGAAGGAAUCCAUGAGGUAAAACUUCCUUUCCAGGCCUCGAAAUUUACCCUGUACAGUAUAGCUUAUAUGUUGUUCAAACUUGAGUGUUGUUAGAGUUAACAUACUGUGUACCUUGUUUAUUUAAUUUUUUUUUUGUAAGUUUAUGUACAUGCUAAUACAUAAAAUGCUGUAUUAUGUGGUUGAAUCUGCAAGUAGAUAAGAGGAACCGAAUCCUGUGUUCUGAUUGGAUACCCGAGUAGCCAAGGUGGGCUCGCCUUGCCUGCUCAGGGAGCAGGGAACCUUUUCCCAUUUGUUAGUUUAAUGAGAUAUUAUUACCUUGUGGUGUCACAUUGAAUCUUCGACAAAAUCUCUUACACUUCUUGAGGCAAUUUUGUAAGUUCUUUUUAUCCUUGUUUAGGUUCUAGCCUUCGCAAUUCAGAAAUCCGAUAUGGAUCUUAGACGAGUUCUUUAUUCAAAUAUUGUGCUGUCUGGUGGAUCAACACUUUUCAAAGGUGAUGUUAGAUACCUUGCAGUAAAUUGUGUUUUUUUUGUGUAAGAUAUUUAUGUAUAUGGUAAUAUCUAAGAUAUUUUAUCCCUUUUUUCAGGCUUUGGAGAUCGUCUUUUGAGUGAAGUGAAGAAAUUAGCACCAAAAGACAUCAAAAUUAGGGUAUAAUGUCAUUAAUCUGUUUGACACAAUAACUCAGAUAGUGAGCUUUCUCCUAGAAACAUUGUUCUUUUUUCAAGUUGUUCUUUAGCUACUGUAUAUUGUAAAGCGUAAAGCAAUAACUCACAUUUAUUGUCUCCUAAUUAGAUUUCUGCUCCUCAAGAAAGACUUUACUCCACGUGGAUUGGGUAAGUGGACGUUGCCCUGCCUUUUUAUUCUAAACAGCCUUGCAGUUUUAUUCUAAUGGUUUUGUUGCCUAGGGCAGUAAGCCUUCUUGACACUGUCAACUGUGUUAACACCAAAUGUUUAGGUACAGUAUCAGGCUGGCAAAAUUGAAAAUGGCAUAAAUAGAAUGUUCUUUUGUUAAACCAGAAGCAUAUAACUCUUCUUUCAGUCAAAGACAUAAAAGUAUAGGCGUUGCAAGCUCAAAGUUUUUAGCCUUGAAUUCUCUGAUUCCAUAUUUAGGCAAAAUAAAAAAACCCAGCAUGGUUCUAAACAGAUAAGGGGAAGUUAGACACUUCGGGAUUAUAUGCUUCUGGUUAAACACAGUCCAAUGUUUUAGUAGUUGGUCCUUAACUUCAACGUAAACACGGAAAAACAAGCAAAACAAACAGCUUUCAAGGUGCAAACAGGUAUACCCCGGGCUGUGGCUGCCAGCGAUUUUUUGUCACAUGCAUUAUACAAGCUGCUUUGAAGUCGUCCGCUACGAGACAAAAAACGGGUCACUAAUAAGACUUUCCGAAACUGUGCAUGAAAAGCCUGUGGCACCCGGGGUAAACAGGGUACCAGUUCUUGUUGAUGAUUAUUUUCAUUCCUGUCCUACUGAAAUAGCUGUGCUCAUCAAGCUUGCGUGGUCAGUUAGAUGCUAAUAUUUACUCUCUUGUCCGUCUUUCAGUGGCUCCAUUUUAGCGUCUUUGGACACAUUUAAGAAGAUGUGGGUUUCUAAAAAAGAAUAUGAUGACGAAGGUGCUAGAGCCAUACAUCGGAAGACAUUCUAAAGUUAUCUGAUCCGAGUUUUUUUAGUUAAAUUAUGUAGAUCAGAUAUGAUAGGGAAAUUUUGUUUAAAGGUGAACUGAGAUUGUAUAUAAAUAUAAUUAUAUAUGGGCGGCUGCCAUUACUCGUGUCUGCUUCAGGAUUUCGCUGAAAUUCUGUAUACAUGACACAGACAGUCAAGUAUGUCCUAAGUGUCAAGCAGAGAUGAACAAUCUCCUAGAUCGUCUUUAGUUAACUGUAACAAAUUGUAAUGUUGAAAAUGAAAGUGGCUAUCGUUUUUAGUAAGAAAGGUGUCUGCUUAGAGCAAGCUUAGAGCCAAAAGUCCACAGUAAAUUCUGUUCAACUUCGUUCCCAGGAUCUCUCUUUAUUUAGGAAUUGAAAGGAGAGAGACCUGGUGAGGAGGUUGGACACUGUUGGGUCAUUGACCGCUAAAUGUCCAUCUAUGAGAAGAGCCUGCAUGAAAGAAAGUCGAACAAUGACUGAAAUAUGGCAGCGACCAAUUCUAGGCGUCCAUUUUAGGGAGAUAGGAAAGAGUUGACUGUAGUGGGAGUUAUUUAUUUGCAAUAAUUCUUAGUUUUCUUGUAUCGGCUCCUGCUCGUAAGGUUAUGGUCAAGUCGCCCGAAGAAAUGUCGCCCGGAUUCAUUUAAAACUGUAGCCCUUCUCGGCUCCGCGAGAACUCUCACACGCGCUAAAACAAUUCCGCCAGCUACGCAGGCAAUGCCUUUCCAAGCUUAUUCGUUUUCAUUUUCUUUUUACGAUAAAUCAUCAAGAAAUCAUUUCUCGCCUUGCUGGUAUUUCUAAUGUGCGACACAUUUUAAGCACCUACCUGUCGCUUAAGUUGAAAUUUCGACUGGGGGCCUGUUCAAACGGAGAAGGGGGACCCCAGGUAGGUGAGCUAGCCUAACCCGCUUUGGUGGGGUAACCCGCCUUUCUAUAUAAUCUCUCAUUUUAAAAUGAUCACGUUUACAUAAUAGGUGGGGUGACCCGUCGCAUUUUAUUUCAUCUAUCUGGGGUCCCUCACCUCCAGGUAAACAGGCCCUAAUUGUAUUCUCGGUUUCGGGCGAGAUAACCUCGGGCGAAAUGACCGUCAGAGUAAGAUUCAGACUCAUACCCCAAAGCCGGAGGGCAUCUCAUCAGCGGGACAGCCCCUCGGGAAUUGGAAGUUUUACCACAGAAUACGGGGUUGAACAAAAGCCGCCUUGUCAUGAAUAAACUUAACAUAAACAUUAUGUAAAUGUGGUUCAUUUGGUUUGUUCGCCUCAACAACGUAAAAUAUAGCCAAUGUGGGGUUUUGUAAAGUACCAUGACCAUUGAUCACAAUGUCUGC